GGCUCAAAAUGAUAAAAUUCAAAAUUGCAUGAUAAAAACUCAUUUAGAGAAAGUGAAAUCUAUAAACCGGGGCUUAAAGAGCGUUUCUCGAUUAUCCCUCUAGCAACGAGAUGGAAGAACAAGAGAUAGACUUCAGAGACGAAGCUCAAGGGGUUAUCAAAGACAUCGCGUUUAGUGUUUCGCAGAUUUCAGUAUCAGAAAAGCUGCCUUCAAGUCGAGAGAGCGUGUUUUUGAACAUCGAGACCAAGGAAAAUAUAUGCUUCUGUGUUCAGCUGUGUAUUCAGGGUUUUAGGGUUGUUAGCAACACAUUUGAUUUCUGCUCAUUUGAUGAAAAGGACAGCAUUACUCAGAACACGCCAUUCUACGAGACCAUAUAUGCCUUACUGGAUACUAUAAGUCCAGGCUACUCACAAAUGUUUGGUAAUGAAUUGUCCAGGAAGUUAUCAGAACUUCAACAAAAAACAAGCUCCCAUUAGAAGCAUGUUAAAAUUCUGCCUAAAGUCCUGGCGUCCAAUGGUGCUGAUUAUACAUUUGAUGAUGCGAGGGCUAGACCUGGGAUUGAAGGGGCGAGCACAGAGUGCAUUUAAUUUAUUGUCUCUUUUAGCUAUGUCUUUUUUUUUAUGCUCACUAUAUAAAAAAAAGGAUAAAUUUUAGGCAACCAGGAAGGCAUGACUUCAUCUCAGCUAAUAAAUCUAGGCAAUAAACCACAAGUAGGACAAUGUUUUUUUAUCUUUAUUUUUAUUUUUUUUUAUUUUUUGUUUUGCUAUUUUAUUAUACUAGUCUGUUGAACUGAUUUGUGUGACCCACGUUUUCCAACAACAAAAAUUAGAAGCAAAUUGUUAUAGUUACUUAAUUCAUUCCUUGGUUUGGGUCCUCCCACGCUUAUGUAAUGUCUAAAUAAUGCUCACACAAAGUCACCACAUUUUAGACUCUUUUCUACUUUGCUUCAGAAGUUUGGGCUAUUUUCUUCAAGAGGGGUUUUGCAACGCGCGCUACUUGAAAUUGUCGCGCGCGUUGCAAGAUCAUGGCGGAAAAUUGUCGAAACACAGGGAGUUGGAAGCCGAUCAUUUACCAUAAAGUCAACGAUACUAAAUAAAAUGACAAAUAAAACGCC